GGACUGUCACUCUUAUCGCCUUGACGCUACAUCCGGUUUGUGAUCAAACAAGAGUCUUACUGGGCCAACAGGAGUUAUUUAACAAACUUUAUCGAUUUGCGUAACGUUUACUUUACAUUUAAAGCCAAGAAGAGCCGAAUGAACACUCUUAUGCGGCGAUGGAAGCUACGGCAGCUUGCAAACUGGAGAGCUAUUCAGGUUGGGACAGCAGUGGCGACCUUUGACCUGAGGAAAGUGGAAUUAACGCCUCUGGAACAGCGGAAACUUACUUUUGACUCGCAUGCCAUGGUGACCCAACUGGCAAGUAGCGGUUUCGAGAAACGACAGGCCGAGCUCAUCGUCUCCGCUCUGGUGACUUUGACAACGGCCAACAUGGACAUUGUUUAUAAAGACAUGGUGACCAAGUCGCACCAGGAAAUUGCCCUGCAGCAGAUCAUGGCCCACCUGGACGCCAUCAGGAAGGACAUGGUGAUCCUGGAGAAGAGCGACUUUGCCAACCUGCGAUCUGAGAACACGAAGAUGAAGCGGGAACUGGAGCAACUGCAUAAUAGACUAAAGGAAGAGAGUCUAAAAGUGCGGGCGGAAACCAAACUGGAUAUCAACCUGGAGAGCAGCCGCAUCUCUGACAUGUUUACAGAGCAGGACACAAAGCUGAUGGAGGCCAGCACAGAAUUCCAUCAAAAAAAAGCCGACCUGGAUCACAACAACAUGGAGAUCAGCAAGAAGAUGGACCUGCAAGUGGCUUCACUUAAAACGGUCCUGGAGUCACUCAAGCUGGAGACCAUCCGUUACCUCGCAGCAACUGUGUUCUCCUGCCUGACCAUUGCUCUGGGUGUUUACUGGUUAUGGAGGUGAUGUUUUGAAAGUGUACAUGUGCAAGUAGCGGCAGAAAAAGUUAUUACAUUUUCAAUCCGAUUGCUCUCUUACCAACAUGUUGCAGAAAAGGGCAUAUUGUUGCUUGUUUGAAGUGUUUUUUAAAAUGUAUAUAAAAUCUAUGAACUAG